UGCUACUACGGGAUGGAGGCAGAGAUGCCAGCAAGAAGAGGGUGGCAAAUAGAACCAGAGGAAUUUUUGAGGAAUUAUGAUCCCAUAAGAUGUCCAAAAAAGACUUAUCUUCUGUACGAAAUUAAGUGGAGAAAGCAUGGCAAAAUGUGGAGGAACUGGCGCACCAGUAGCACCUCCCGACAUGCAGAAAUCAAUGCUUUGGAAACAAUUGAGGAGAUGCAGCAGCAGAGAACAAGAACGUGCCACAUCACUUGGUUUCUAAGUUGGAGCCCUUGUGGUUUGUGUAGCCGCUCCAUCAUUGAGUUUUUGAAGGCACAUCCUAAUGUGGUGCUGGAGAUAAGAGUAGCUCAGUUGUUCAGACCUCAUGACAACCGCAACAGGAAGGGCCUCAGGGACCUGGUCAAUUCUGGAGUCCAGAUAUUCAUCAUGAGUCCAUUUGAUUAUUAUCAUUGCUGGAGAACAUUUGUGGCUCACCGAGGAAGAAUGGACAACUGCUGUUUUGUACCAUGGCAUCCCUUAUUAUGGAUGUUGUAUAAUUCCUCACAACUUAAUCAAAUCCUAAAUGAGUAAGUUGUUACUUUGAAAGAAAAGCUAAAUUCAAAAUCCAUGUGAGUGCCUAACUGCUAGCAUUUUAUUUUAGUAAAAGAAUUUGGUUGCCUUUGCCUGAAAGAUUGUGGAUAAAUCUGGAGGAAGUGGCAGAUUGCCAGGU